GGGAGACAAGCUGAAGCCGAUGAAAAGAUUCGGGAUUGACUUCCUUCCUCCUUUUCUUUUAUUUUCUUAUCUAUCUUUUCUUGGGAGGAUGAUAUCGAGAUCCUGAUUGGCCCUCCCCGUUCCCUAUCUCUUGUGUUGGUACAGGUCCAUCUUUAUGGUAAGACCAACUAAGUACUACCAACUACUACUACGUACAUACGAUAGCCCUGUCAAGUGUCCUUCAUUUCUGGAUAUCGUCUCAAUAUCCACACACGAUCAUCGCCCCAUGGAAUACUCCGCAAUCGGUGUCAAAGAGAUUACAGAGACAUGUUAGCAAAACAACGAAAAAUUAAUCGUUAAUCAUUUUACCUAUCGGAAAGCUUCUUAUCCACCCUGCAAACAAAUAGUCAGAUGAGCCUUGGCUCGUAAUCCUCCACUCUCUUUUCUUCUUGGCUUUGAUAUCGAAUGAUACCAAUCAGUGAGCUUUGGUAAUCCAGAAUGCGUCCAAUAGUGGACCUGGGGCUGUUAGCUAUUAUGACUGGUGUCGCGUACAUAUUUAUGACUCCUGCAUCCUGUGCCCCUGUCGGUCAUAUUUUCAUUCCUAUCGCCUCUACGCCACCUAUUCUUAUUUUUCUCUUUCGACACCUACCUAAUCUCAGGAAUCGAUCCUACCGGUUGCCUACCGUCGAAGGUUGCUUCGAGAAACACCCUAGCUCAGCCUACCUCAGCUCAGAGGACAUCUGCUGUGCUCAGCGAUAGCCACGGUGUGACCCACCUGAACUUCUCAGUAUCUGACUACUUUGGCGGGAUUCUAUCAGCGGGGGGCGAUUCAUAAUGGCAGAAUACCCCGUGGCCUACAAUGGUUCGGAAACCGGGAACGGGGGUGACUCCUUGACGGAGGAUCUUAACAUCUACUAUAGUUCUGGUGAUAUCGCAUGGGUUAUUGUCUCGACCGCUCUCGUCUUGUUGAUGAUUCCUGGAGUCGGGUAUGACAACUCAGUCCAACCCUAACAAGUUCCUUGCUUUGCUGACCGUGCAAGUUUCUUCUAUUCUGGUCUCGCG